AUGACACAGACCAACUGCACCCAAGUAAAGGAGUUCAUUCUCACGGGCCUCACAAACCAAAAGGAGUUGAAGAUGCCUCUCUUUGUGGUUUUUUUAACUAUCUACCUCUUCACAGCAGUAGGCAACCUGGGUUUAAUUUUAAUCAUAAGAACAGAUGCAAGACUCAACACACCAAUGUAUUUCUUCCUUAGCAACCUGGCUUUUGUCGAUUUUUGUUAUGCAUCAGUCAUUACACCCAAAAUGCUUGGCAACUUCUUGUACAAACAAAAUACAAUUUCAUUCAAUGAGUGUGCUAUUCAAUUAGGCUGUUUCCUCACUUUCAUGGUAUCUGAGUGUUUGCUACUUGCUUCCAUGGCCUAUGACAGAUAUGUGGCCAUCUGUAACCCUCUCCUCUACAUGGUUGUAAUGUCCCCAGGGAUCUGCAUUCAGCUUGUGGCUGUCCCCUAUAGCUAUAGCUUCUUAAUGGCACUAUUUCAUACCAUCCUCACCUUUCGUCUCUCCUACUGCCACUCUAAUGUCAUCAAUCAUUUCUACUGUGAUGACAUGCCCCUCCUCAGGCUAACUUGCUCAGACACUCAUUCCAAACAGCUAUGGAUCUUUGCCUGUGCUGGUAUUACAUUCAUUUCCUCUGUUCUAAUUGUCUUUGUCUCCUAUGUGUAUAUUAUUUCUGCCAUCCUGAGGAUCCGCUCUGCUGAGGGCAGGCGCAAGGCUUUCUCCACAUGUGGCUCCCACAUGCUGGCAGUCACCAUAUUCUAUGGGACCCUGAUCUUUAUGUACUUACAGCCAAGCUCUAACCAUUCCCUUGACACAGAUAAGAUGGCCUCUGUCUUCUACACAGUGAUCAUUCCUAUGCUGAACCCCUUGAUCUACAGCCUUCGGAACAAGGAUGUAAAAAACGCCCUGAAAAAAGUCACCAUCAGUAGAAAGAAACCAGGCUUCUGUGUUCCUGAAGUUUAA